AAUCAGCCAGGCCAGUGACUGGAGUCUUUGUCACGCGAGUUACUGGGUAGUUCUCCGCUUGCCGUUGCUGCCGGGAGAACGAGGCACUUAGAGACAACCGUCUGAGCGGGGGCGGUGGGAAUUGGACAAGGUCAGACUUACACCAGCUGGAGAUGCUAAUGUAGUCCUCCACUCUCCUGGGGACUGCCAGCCUUCAGUGGCAUCUUAUAGGCUUUUCGGGUCUUCAUUUCUCUUUCUGCUUCUCUCUGGGCAUACUCCUCUGAUACCUGGGCACUCCCACAGACAAUCGCAGCCUUUGACUAAGCUCUAAGAUUUCCCCCAUCCUCAACCCCGCAGUGCCCAGACCGCAGCUGGUGAGGGAGGGAAAUGGAAAAAGAAAAAGAAGAGAAGGGUGCGAACGCCAGGGAGGAUAAUAAGGAGGAGGAUAAUAAAAAGGAGAAGGAACACAAGGAGAAGGAGGACAAGAAGGAGGAGGAGCAGGAGGUGAAAGUGCCACGGAGGUUAGACUGGUCAGGUGGGAUAUCCAAGAGAGUGAUUUGUUCAGCUGUGGCUGGAGGUAGCUUCAUUUUAGUCUUAGAGAUAGCAGUCAGCCUUAGUAAGCAAGCUGGAAAAAGAACAGAGGAUAUAAUCUUUGAAGGCGACUUCUGCCCAGAUGGCUCAACUGUGCGUCCAAAAGACCGGUUCAAAUGCUACUACCUAUCAGUGGAUAAAAAGUCCUGGAGUGACAGUCAGAAAAUGUGUAGGUCUCUUGGUGUAAAGGUGGCUAUAUUUAGAACCGCGGAGGAAACGGAAUUCCUGGGGAAACGCAUUGGCUGUCCUCACUACCGGCUUGAACUAAUUAAUGACAUGGGAACCUUAUCCUGGAAGCGGGCAGAUGGAACUGAGCCCUCCAAUUGAUGUCUCCUGGAAACAGAAGAGGUGGAAGAACAGAGGGAUAGACAUACAAUAUGAGCCUCACAUCUCCUCACUUUUAGUCCCUUCAAGUCCUACUCCCAGGUCACCCCUUCUCCACUAGGGACAUGGACCUCCAAACUUGGAUUCUACAUGUUGGGAUCUUGGCCUUCCUACACUCAGUGACACUGGAGAACAGAGUGAGGCAGACAAUUUUGCGCAGCUCUGACUCAUUUAAAUCCAAUUCAUGGGCAAGUCAAGACAUCACCCUUGUGAUGUCAUUGGUCCUCUUCAGUAAUGUUGGAUGAAAAACAUGUUGGGGAAACAGGACAGUGGCCUGAGGGGAGGGGCCACAGCUGUUAAAGAUACAGUUGCCAGCAAAGGGACAAGAAAGUGAGUCAUUUUGGGGGAAACAGUGAAUAGUCUAAGUUUUGAAGGAGCAGAGGGUACAGUGAGAGAUAAGAGAUGAAAUAUAGAUUUGGGUUAGAUUGUGGAAGACAUUGGAAUGCCAGGCUAAAACAUUUGGACGUUAUUGGUAGGUAAUACAUAGACAUCGAAGGACUCUGAUUAGAGGGAUAACAUGAUCACUGCUAUAAAUUAGAAGUUUAAUUUGACAAUAGGGUAUAUGAUAGGGAGACAGAGGAGAUUAUUAAGGGAGUUUUUUAGUGAGAUCAUUGCAAUGGUCCAAAAAGAAGCAAUAUGGGAAUCAACUUGGAUGGUGACUUUGGAAACAGAAAUGAGGAAUACAAUGAUGAUGAUGACAAAGACAAUAAUAAUAAUUAAAUAAACUUUAA